UUCAUCCGGUUGAAAUGGAGAACAAAUGUGAAUAAAAAACAAAAAUAUUCUUUCCUGAGCGGCGCAUGUGGUAGUUAAUGUGUGAACUGGGCGCGUGCUCAUGAAGGAGCCACGGAGUUUUUCUCAAAUCGGCUCCUGAUGACGUCAACGUGAUCUGUGACGCGACAGCUGCCCACGUGGUGUCGCGUGAAGAGGAGAGGAAGCCAUGCGGAGGAAAGAGGAGCAGAGGGAGAACAUGAGCAAAGCCAAGGAGAAGAGUGUGAGGAAGAGGAGCGGAGAGGAGGAGCAGGAGGAAGAGAUCUUCAGCUUCAGCAGCAAACAGCCCGCUGAGGAGGAGGAGGAGGGGGGGGAGGGAGGGGGGAGGAGGGGGGGGAGGAGGAUCUGUCCGACAGCGAGGACAGCGUGUUCUCCGGCCUGGAGGAUUCUGGGAGUGACAGUGAGGAGGAGGAGGAGGAGGAGGGAGGAGGAGGAGGAGGGGGACGUGAAGAGUGGCGAUGAGGAAGAGACAGCUCAGCAGGGGGCGCCCUCCGUCCUGAAGGAGCAGGAGGAGGAAGGAGGAGAGAAGGAGGACGAGUAUGAAAACGACACAUCAGACGAGGAGGACAUCAGGAACACGGUGGGGAACGUUCCCAUGGAGUGGUACAGAGACUUCCCUCACCUGGGAUACGACCUGGACGGCAGGAAGAUCUACAAGCCAAUCAGGAGCCAGGACGAGCUCGACCACUUCCUGGACAAGAUGGAGAACCCGGAUUACUGGCGUACGGUGCACGACAAGCAGACAGGAAGUGACAUCACGCUGUCGGAGGAGCAGGUGGCGUUGGUGCGGCGGCUGCAGAGCGGACGCUUCGGAGACGUCGACUUCAACGAGUAUCAGCCCACGGUGGAGUAUUUCAGUCGGGACGUGAUGCUUCAUCCUGUCACCAACAGGCCUGCAGACAAACGGAGUUUCAUCCCUUCACUGAUCGAGAAGGAGAAGGUGUCCAAGCUGGUCCAUGCUAUAAAGAUGGGUUGGAUUAAGCCUCGGCGGGUGGAGGACGACAGCAGGGGGCGCUACUACGACCUGUGGGCGAGCGAGGACUCGUCCAUCCUGGCGAGGCACAAGAUGCACCUCCCCGCCCCCAAAAUCCCACUUCCUGGUCACCAGGAGUCCUACAACCCCCCGCCGGAGUUCCUGUUCAACGAGGAGGAGCGGGCUCUGUGGGAGCAGCAGGACGCUGCAGACAGGAAGUUGCCGUUUGUUCCCAGGAAGUUCUCCAGCCUGCGUUCGGUUCCUGCGUUUCCUCGCUUUGUUCACGAGCGGUUUGAGCGCUGCCUCGACCUUUACCUGUGUCCCCGCCAGAGGAAGAUGAGGGUCAACGUGGAUCCAGAGGAUCUGAUCCCAAAGCUGCCAAAACCCAGAGACCUGCAGCCUUUCCCCACCACACAGUCCCUGGUGUAUCGAGGUCACAGCGGCCUGAUUCGUUCCAUCAGUGUUUCGCCUACAGGACAGUGGCUCGCUUCAGGCAGUGACGAUGGCUCCGUCAGGUUCUGGGAGGUUUGCUCGUCUCGCUGUCUGAAGACGGUCCAGGUGGGCGGAGCCGUGAGGAGCGUCACCUGGAACCCCAACACAGCUGUCUGUCUGCUGGCUGUGGCCCUGGACUCCCGGGUCUUGCUCCUGUCUCCUUCUCUGGCAGACAGACAGGUUGUUUCAGCCUCAGAGCUCCUCCUUUCAGAUAAGGAGGGGGCGGAGCCUGUCCAGGGGGCGGAGUCACUCGUCACAUGGAGUGAGGCUGAAGGGGAGGAGCUUAAUGAGGGGAUCCGGCUCAAAAUACAGCAUCCCAAAGCGGUCCACCAGGUGGCGUGGCACGCCAAAGGCGACUACCUGGCCUCCGUCAUGCCGGAUCACUCCAGCCACCUGCAGGUGCUGAUCCACCAGGUGAGCCGGAGGCGGAGCCAGAACCCCUUCCGGCGGAACAAAGGCCUGGUGCAGCGCGUGUCCUUCCACCCGCUCAGGCCCUACUUCUUCGUGGCGACGCAGCGCUCCGUCCGGAUCUACAACCUCCUGAAGCAGGAAAUGACCAAGAAGCUGCAGGCCAACGCCAAGUGGAUCUCCAGCAUGGCCGUGCACCCGGGAGGUGAUCAUGUGAUCUGUGGGAGUUACGACUGCAGGCUCAGCUGGUUUGAUCUGGAUCUUUCCACCAAGCCGUACAGGAUGUUACGACACCAUAAAAAGGCAGUGAGGGGCGUGGCCUAUCACAGGUUCUACCCGCUGUUCGCCUCGGCGUCCGACGACGGAUCUGUGAUCGUCUGCCACGGCACCGUCUACAACGACCUGCUGCAGAACCCUCUGAUCGUACCUGUGAAGGUUCUCCGGGGUCACGCGGUGAGCCAGGACCUGGGCGUGCUCGACGUGACCUUUCACCCCUCGCAGCCGUGGGUCUUCUCCUCCGGGGCCGACGCCACCAUCCGCCUCUACACCUAGCAACAGUAUCCUAGCAACCAGCCCGGCCCCACACAGCAGCCUCUGUGUGUGUGUGUGUGUGUGUGUGUGUGUGUGUGUGUGUGUGUGUGUGUGUGUGUGUGUGUGUGUGUGUGUGUCAGGUGUUUUCUGUUUGUCUUCUUCAAUAAAAACUUUAACCUCCA